AGAAAAGAAAAAGAAAAUUCUGUCUAGGGGGUGACAUUUGCACAGAAAUCUAAAGGAAUAGGAGGAGGGAGCCAUGCAAAGAGCUGGGGGAAGAACAUUCAGGAAGAGACCAACCUGUGCAAAGGACCUGAGGCAAAAAAUACAUCAUCAGAUUUGUGCUCCCAAGUGACCCAUCCUGGCUGGCCCUGAAUGGCAGCAAAUCUGUAUGGGAGGUCUGUUGUUUGAAUAGAACCCUGAGUAAGGAGAGGAAGUUCCUAACAUUUCCUGGCUGAAAGAAGAUUUCAGAUAACAUUAGCCAAGCUUUGGAGGGCAUAGAGUGACCAGAUACAGCAAUUAACAGUUUACCUGUGUGAUCUCGAAACCUCAUGUUAACUCCCGAUAGAGAAGCUCAGACCUCCGAGGAGACUCCGAGGAGACUUGGAAAAGUUAACUAAUUUGGCCAAGGCCACAGGCCAGUGAUAGCUAGGAUUCAAACCAGCCCUGUGUACUCUACCCCUUAUGCUGUAAAACCAUGUCCCCAAACUUUCCCAUUUCAUAGACAGACAAACUGAGGCCUAGAGAGGGGAAAGGAUUAAUGAUUCCCCAAAAAAAGGUCCCCCAUCACUUUGUCUAAUAGCAGCCAGCAUUUAUGUAGGGAAGCAGUUCUAAGUGUUGUUUGAUUUUUUUAAAGUAUUCAAGCUUAACAAGGUAAGCAUUAUUAUGCCCAUCUUAUAGAUGAAGAAACAAAGCACAAAAAAUGUAAGCAAUGGCGGGCGGGGGUUGCGACUCAGUGGUAGAGUGCUUGCCUAGCAUGUGUGAGGCACUGGGUUUGAUUCUCAGCACCACAUAUAAGUAAACAAAGUAAAGGUCCAUCAAAGACUAAAAACGUAUUUUUAGAAAAAUGUAAGCAAUGGCCCAAGGCCACACAGCUAGCAAAUAGCAGUGUUGGAACUUAAACGAAGCUGUCAAUCCCAAGCUCCAGCCCGUGUUCGCCCCGACUCAGCAUCCCCCUGCAGCCUGGAGACUCGAGGGCCCCAAAUCUAACUUGUCUUUGGGUCCCCAGCUUCAUCAGCAUAGAAGUCUAAGAAGGAUUUUCCAAGUUGAAGUAACUUGAUGGUGGCCCUGCCAGGGACCGCAAGCAGGUCCCUUUCUCUCUCCCAUCCUCGGUCUCCCCAUUUCCCUAGUGGGGACCUGAGCACCCUGCUGACUUCACAGAUGACCUGAGAUAAAGGGUGCAGGAGAACCACCUUCCAAGGGGCGAAGUCCUGGCUGCAGCGGCCACGCCCGGAGAGGAGGAGGAGGGUAGCUCUGGCAGCAGGGCCCGGCCAGCCAGUGGCCUGCUCAGCAACCCUGGGUGGAGCCUCUGGCCCGAGCUCCUCUGCUGAGUGACUCCGAGGCUGGCUUGUGCCCUCUGGGCUUCCCCUCGUCCUGUCCUGUCGUGGAAUGACGGGAGAUGAAUUGGAGAUCAUCGACGAAUACAUCAAGGAGAAUGGCUUCGGCCUGGAGGGGGCGCCGCCCGGCCCCGGCGACGGCCAGCCGCGCCUGGUGUCCCGCGGGGCCGCCUCGCUGAGCACCGUCACCCUGGGCUCCUCGGCGCCCGCCACGCCGCCGUCCUGGGGCUGCGCCCUGGGCCGGCUGAUGCCGCCCGCGCCGGGCCCGGGCCCGCGGCCGCACCUGGUCAUCACGGAGCAGCCCAAGCAGCGCGGCAUGCGCUUCCGCUACGAGUGCGAGGGCCGCUCGGCCGGCAGCAUCCUGGGCGAGAGCAGCACCGAGGCCAGCAAGACGCUGCCCGCCAUCGAGCUCCGGGAUUGUGGCGGGCUGCGGGAGGUGGAGGUGACCGCGUGCCUGGUGUGGAAGGACUGGCCCCACCGAGUGCACCCGCACAGCCUGGUGGGGAAGGACUGUACGGACGGCGUCUGCAGGGUGCGGCUCCGGCCCCACGUCAGCCCCCGGCACAGCUUCAACAACCUGGGCAUUCAGUGUGUGAGGAAGAAGGAGAUAGAGGCUGCCAUUGAGCGCAAGAUCCAGCAGGGCAUCGACCCCUACAAUGCCGGCUCCCUGAAGAACCAUCAGGAGGUGGACAUGAACGUCGUGAGGAUCUGCUUCCAGGCCUCUUACCGGGACCAGCAGGGACAGAUGCGGCGGAUGGACCCUGUGCUCUCUGAGCCUGUCUAUGACAAGAAAUCCACGAACACGUCAGAGCUGCGGAUCUGCAGGAUCAACAAGGAGAGCGGGCCGUGCACGGGCGGCGAGGAGCUCUACCUGCUGUGCGACAAGGUGCAGAAAGAGGACAUCUCGGUGGUGUUCAGCACAGCCUCCUGGGAGGGCCGGGCCGACUUCUCCCAGGCCGACGUGCACCGCCAGAUCGCCAUCGUGUUCAAGACGCCGCCCUACGAGGACCUGGAGAUCGUGGAGCCCGUGACUGUCAAUGUCUUCCUGCAGCGGCUCACGGACGGGGUCUGCAGUGAGCCGCUGCCCUUCACGUACCUUCCUCGGGACCACGACAGCUACGGCGUGGACAAGAAACGGAAACGGGGGAUGCCCGACGUCCUCGGCGAGCUGAACAGCUCUGACCCCCAUGGCAUCGAGAGCAAACGACGGAAGAAGAAGCCAGCCUUCUUGGACCACUUCCUGCCCAGCCACGGCCCAGGCCCGUUCCUCCCACCCUCAGCCCUGCUGCCGGACACAGACUUCUUCCCCGGUACCGUGUCCCUGCCUGGCCUGGAGCCUCCCUGCGAGCCCGACCUCCUUGAUGACAGCUUUGCCUAUGACCCCACGGCCCCCACGUUUUUCACCAUGCUGGACCUGCUGCCCCCAGCGCCACCACUCGUCAGUGCUGUUGCCACCAGCGGGGUUGCAGGGGCCGCGGUCGGGGAGCCCCCUGGCGCCGAGCCGCUGACGCUGGACUCCUACUCAGCCCCCGGCCCCGGGGACGGAGGCACCGCCAGCCUCGUGGGCAGCAACAUGUUUCCCAAUCAGUACCGAGAGGCAGCCUUCGGGAGUGGCCUCCUGUCCCCGGGGCCUGAAGCCACGUAGCCCGCGGCGCCAGAGGAGAGGCGCUGGGUGGGGAGGUGGCUGGAGGGACCCUGCGAACCCGGCCAAGGGGUAGGUCCAGUACCUCCAUCCCCUUGGGCCGCCGUUGGUCAGUCUUCCGACCUUGUCAUCCUUAAUCGGACAUCCUCAGCGCUGGCGAGAAGCUCGGCAGCACUGGUCUCCCCUUGACCCCAUUUUACCUAUGAGAAAACGGAGUCGGGAGAGGGAAAGGGGCCCGGCCCGGGUGAGACCCCCGCGCGCGGGGUUCCUUCUCUGGACGGAUCCCGAAAUAUAACUGUGUUUAGGAGUAAGGGAGCAGGUCCGCGGCCCUCUACCACAGGGGCGUGGGCAUUUCCCAAUAAAAACGUUGAUUCG